AUGUCUUUUUCCCAUGUACUUAGUUCCGAGGUACUAGAAGAGAUCUUCCUUCGUCUGCCAUUGAAAUCCAUCCUAAAAUUCAAAACCGUCUCAAAACAAUGGAGAUCAAUACUGGAGUCGAAGAGGUUCGCAGAGGGUAGGCGUAUGAUGAAUAUUCAAACGAAACUGAAAAUCUUAGUGGCAGUAGACCGAAACCUAAUCCAACAUGAAUUACACAGGGACGAAGAGGUAGAGAUUGUCUACUUACACAGCAAUGUCGCCGCCUCACGCCCGUCACUGUCAUGUGACAGUCUUGUCUGCAUCCCCGUACCUGGUUGGGUCAAAGUUUUCAACCCUUCCACUGGAGUGUUUCUUAGAUAUUUCUCUUCCAGUCCGGAAACAAUGAUAUCGCGUCAUGAUUUUGAUUUCUUAGAUCCUCGAUUUGAGAUCUUCCCUAGAUAUUGGAGGAUGGGAUUCGGUAAAGACAAUAUCACUGAGAGAUAUAAGAUAGUGAGGAUAUGUUUUCACGAUGAUUUGGAGAUUCAUCGUUGCGAGAUUCUUGAUGUUAACAUUGGGAGAUGGAGGAGACUGAGUCCACCUCCUUAUGUGUUAGGGUUUAGAAGGAAGUCGACAUGUGUGAAUGGGUCCAUCUACUGGGUAGAAGUAAUUCCUCGGUACAAACUUUUAGCUUUGAAUCUUCACACAGAAGAGUGGCGUGACCUUACACUACCGCUGGGAACACUAGGAACUUCAUGCCAAGUAGCAAACCUUGAAAACCGGCUGGCCUUAGCCGCAACCUAUUUUAGUAAUCAUCAUUGGAAUGUGAAGAUAUGGUGUAUGCAUGCACCACAAGAAGAAGCAUGGAGCGUGAUGUAUACCAUACGUUUAUUCCCUUCAGAGCACCGUUACGACGGCAGUUUCCCUUUAUGGUUUUGGGCUAGGCCAGUAGCGGUUUCUAAGCAAGGAAAUCUUUUUUUUCAUGACAACUGCAAGAGGUUGUUCAAAUAUUACCCAGAGACAGAUGUAGUUUGUUGCGUUCAUACAGAUAUUUGUGUGAUAUCUCCUUUUGUUGAAGAUUUGGUCCCACUUGGACCUUUGGAUUCUGUUCCGAACAUGAUGAGGACAUUUGGACUUCAACAUCUAGAUCAUGUGCCCUUCUCCUCUAGGAUAUCUAAUUUUUUCAGACGAAUGGAGUUCCCGAGUAGCUUGAUCACUACUGCUUUUGUGACUCUAGCAACAUUUCAGUUUUGUUCCCUAUUGUCUAGGUCUUGAUAUUGUUGCCCGGCUAGUUGUCUCGUAUUGAUUCAAAACCGCAUGCCUUUUUUCUUCCUAUGCCGAUGUUCUGGCAUCUGGCUUUGUGAAA